GGACGGGAUAAGAAGGAGGAAAGAUUGGUCGCCCGAGUGUGUCGUUGUUAUAAGAAUCAUUCUUGCAUUUUUUCUGUUACUAUCGUAACUGAGUAUUAAUUUUACAAGGGAGACUGUCACCGCAUGCAAGGGAUCGAGCCACUCACACGGCGAAAUAAGGCGUGUGUCGGGCGAGGUGACACCUGUGAGGCGAGUGAGGGAGGCCAAGUUGCACAGCUCCGUGUAGGAACGUUUCAAAUGGAUAUGGUGACAGUUAUUCGUCUGGCCGGCAAUAUAACACCGAGGAGCAUUAAGGCCCCCUUAUGAGACUAAUUAAGAGGAAAUAUAGGCUUGGUUCUCGCGAAGAGCUCAAAGGGUGCAGACAGGGAUGCCAUCAAUGAAAGAUAUAAGAGUAUGAGUAGAACAUUGUCUGCUAGUAGAUCUCCUCAAGAUAAAAAGAAACUGGAGCAGGUUGUUGCAGCCCACAACCAGCUUCUGCCUCCUCCUCCUUCCUCCAAGACACAACAGAAUAAACAAAAUAAUAGGUCCAAUUUGAAGAGUCACCAUUCAUCCUAUAAUGACAAUGACUCUGAUGAUGCAAGUUCAGAGGAAGAAUGGAGAGUCCUGUGCCGUAAUGGAGAUGCACGAAAUCACAUUGCAAAAGCAAACCAUGAUCUAACAGGUGCAGAAAAGGAGAGGAAGAAAGCCGAGAAAAGAAGAGCGAAAAAGAAAAGAAGGAAAGAAAAGAAAAAAAUAGAAAAAUUAGAAAAUCAGAUAUUUAAUCAAAAUUCAAAUAAUAAUAAUGAUAAGAGAAAAGGUGAUUCAGCUUCUGACGAAGAAGAGGAAGAGGAGGAGGAGGAAGAAGAAGAGAUACAAGGGUUAGAUCCCAACUCCGCGUUUGUUGCUACAGCAGCAGCUAAAAAAUUAGGAGGGUAUGGAGCAAUGUCUAAACAUGAGGAAAAAGGGAAGACUCUUAGUAAAUCUGGAAGCCAGGAUGACGAUGGAAGUAAUUCUACUGGUAUUGACCCAGUGGUGCUGCAGUCGAGACAACUGGCAAUCCGUGGCAAUGAGGCGGCUAGUGUAGGACAAUAUUCAGUGGCGGUUAGACUCUUUACAGAUGCCAUCCGCCUUGAUCCAAACGACCACCGUUUCUUCGGAAAUAGAUCUUACUGUUACGAUCAGUUGGGGCAACAUGAGAAAGCUUUAAAAGAUGCAGAGAAAGCAAUAAAGAUAGCACCACAGUGGCCUAAAGGACAUUACAGAAGAGGUACAUCUCUCAAUGGAUUAGGAAAAUACAUAGAUGCCGAAUCUGCCUUUGAAGAGGUGCUACGUUUAGAUAAAGGCUGCCAAGAAGCUAGAGACGAAAUACAUAAAGUUAGAAUUAUACGUAUUAUUGAAAUGGGAUUUACUGAAAGACAAGCUAACAGUGCUAUUUCCAAAUACAUUAACGUACAGCCUGCCUUGGAUGCCUUGCUGGCUGGAGAGUUCAAAGAAUCAAUGGAAGAUGUUUUUUACUCUGACGAUGAAGAUGAUUUCAGUAAACGUGUCAAAAUGCCACAAGCUACAAAGGGUGUUAAAAUGAAUAUGAGAAUUGGGAGCUUCGGUGACACAUCGCUUGUUACUGGCAGGAAUACUACCACAAAUGUUGGCCCAAGAAAUCCUGAAGGGUUAACAUCUUUAUGGGUUGGAAAUGUUGUACCAGAUGUAACUGAAAAAGUGCUUAGCCAGUUAUUCUCGAAACAAGGUCAUGUUACAAGUGUACGGCUUUUGAAGGAAAAAUACUGCGCUUUUGUAAACUACGCCAACAAGGCUGCUGCUGGUCGUGCCAUGGAGGCGCUGCAGGGCCAUGAACUUUGCGGCCAAAGACUCCUUAUAAAAUUCCCUGACAAUCCAAUUGUUAAUGGUGCACAGAAUGUUAUCCUCAGGAAAUCUAAACCACAACCAAUAAAAAA